AUGGCGCACUAUCGCUUCAAUAACCUGUUGGGCGCCCCCUACCGCGGGGGCAACCUGUGCAUGAGCGGCAACCACCUGCUAACCUCCGUGGGCAACCGAGUGAUGGAGGUGGACCUGCAGAUGAGCUCGAGCCAGACGCUGCCGUGCGAGAACCUGACGGAAAUUCGAUGCAUCGCGGUGUCGCCCACUGGCUCACACAUGAUAUCGUUCGAUACCGACGGUCGCGCGCUGCUGGUCAACCUCAGGAAACGCGUGGUGUUGCACCACAUGAACUUCAAGGGCAAGGUUUCCCACUGCGAGUUCUCCCCGUGCGGCCGGUCCUUCGCCGUGUGCGUCGGUAAGCUCGUGCAGAUCUGGGCCACGCCGACGAUGCUCAAAGAGUUUGCGCCGUUUCGACUUCUUAGAACGUACGGCGGGAUGUACGACGAGGCCACGUGCCUCGCCUGGUCCCCGGACUCCCGCUGGAUCAUCGUGGGCUCUAAAGACCUCACCGCGAGGAUAUACAGCGCCAACCACAUGGAGGGGUACGUGCCGCCGACGCUGGCGGGGCACAGGGAGCAGCUGUGCUACGUGUCGUUUGCGGGCGCCGGCGGGGACGCGGCGUACACGGUGAGCAAAGACGGGGCGCUGUUCGAGUGGCGGCUGGUGGACGAGGAAGUCGACGACGACGUCUCCAGGCGCGGGGAUAAGGGCCAGCGGGGCGGGCGCGAUUCCCUGCGGGGCGGCGACGGCGUGACCGUUCGCAGGUGGCGGAUGGAGGGAAAACACUUUUUUCACAUGCCCGCGAAGCUCACGUGCGCGGCGUACCAUCCGGGGACGGGGAUGCUCUGCGCGGGAUUCGGGCACGGGGUGUUCACCCUCCACAGGCUCAGCCCCGGUUCUUUCGAGGUUGUCCACACGCUGUCCAUCUCUCAACAGAAAGUCAGCGCGUGCCAGUGGAACGAAACCGGCGACUGGAUCGCGCUCGGCUGCGCCAGGCUCGGGCAGGUUGUCGUGUGGGAGUGGCAGUCGGAAGCUUACGUGUACAAGCAGCAGGGGCACUACUUCGACGUGAACAUGUGCGCGUACGCGCCGGACGGGAGCAUGAUAGCGACGGCGGCUGACGAUAACAAGGUGAAGGUGUGGAGCACGGCCACCGGGAGCUGUUUCAUCACGUUCACCGAGCACAAGGCGCCGGUGGCGGCGGUGACGUUUGCCCCAUCCGGCCACGCGGUUGUAUCCGCGUCGCUGGACGGUACCGUUCGGGCGUUCGACCUCAUGCGGUACCGUAACUUCAGGACGCUGACGAGUCCCGAGCCGGCGCAGUUCAUAUCGCUGGCGGUAGAUCCCUCGGGCGAGGUUGUUUGCGCGGGCUCGCAGGACACGUUCCAGAUUCACAUCUGGUCCAUGAAAACCGGUCGCAUGCUCGACAUCCUCUCUGGCCACCAGGGACCCGUCACGUCCCUCUCUUUCUCUCCCGAGUCCGCGCUCCUCGCUUCGGGGUCGUGGGAUAAGUCUGUUCGUCUCUGGGACGUGUACGAGGGCAGGGGCCAGACGGAUAUCCUACCACACGCGCACGACGUCCUCGCCGUGGCGUUCCGACCCGACGGGAAACAGGUCGCGGUCAGCACUCUGGACGGCCAGGUGUUCCUCUGGAACCCCAACGACGCGCAGUUGCAGGGGACGAUCGAGGGAAGGCGGGACAUGGCGGGCGGUAAGGUGAUUGGCGAUUUGCGAAGCGCCACGGCCAAAGCCGGCAAAUCGUUCAAGACGCUGGCGUACUCGGCCGACGGCGCGCUGCUGCUCGCGGGCGGAAACGGCAAGUACGUGUGCAUGUACGACGUCGACGGCCGCGCGCUGCUGAAGAAGUUCCCGCUGAGCAAGAGCAAGGCGCUGGACGGGACGAUCGAGCGCCUGGAUUCUAAUCGGGUCACCGACGCGGGGCCCAUGGAUCUGUUACCCGCGUCCGACUCGGAGGAGGACGACGAGGGGUACAGACGCGGCGACCGAGGGCGGGGCGCCGUCGGCAGCGGCGGGCCGGGCGGAAACCUCCCGGGCACCGGCUCGCUGGGCGGCGCGGGAUCUUCUCGAUCUCAAGGAUUGGACAAGAAGAAGCGUCCGGUGAUUCGGUGCAAACACGUCACGUUCGCGCCAACCGGCCAGGGUUGGGCGGCGUCCACCACGGAGGGCGUCAUGGUGUUCACGCGCGACAACGGCGCCUCGUUCGAUCCCACGGACCUCGGCGAGGACGUCACGCCAAACGCCGCGAGACGCGCGCUGCGGCACGGCGACGCGAGGCUCGCCCUGCUCAUGGCGCUGCGGCUGCGGGGCGCCGACGACGACGAGACUCUCGUCGCGGAGACCUUGGAGGCGGUUGCGCCGGAUGCGGUGGCGUCCGCGCUUCGCGACUUCCCCACCUCGCUCCUCGCGCCGCUCCUCGAGGCGAUCGCGGAGAGGGUGACAAAGGGCCCGCACGCGCACCUCAUGCUCAGGUGGACCCGCGAGCUCUGCGUCGCGCACGGGCGGGCCAUCCACUCGGCGGCGCACGGGGGCGGGGGCGGCGCGGGCGCGCUGGUGGGCGCCGCGGCGGGGUGCGACCAGCGGUUGCUGCCCGCGCUGAGGAGGCUGGCGAAGGCGUUCGCGACAUUGCACGACGAUUUAGAGCAGACGGCGGAGGCGAGCGUGUUCUUGCUGGACUACGUCUGCGCCGCCCCGUCGGCUGUCGCCAAGGCGUGA